AAGAACAAAUAACAUCUACUGCAGGAAUUCCUCAAACAAUGUUUAAAAAAUCGAAGCCCAAAGUAGAGCCACCGCCCACAGCACCCAGUCUAGAGGAAAUGCUUGCGGAUAUUGAGUCAUUCGAAAUUCCUCAACCGGCAGAGAGCAAUGCCAGUAGUAAUGCUGCUUUGGAACACGCUCUGCUUACAGAGCCUGAAAACUUAACUCUUGAGACAUGGUGGCAAAUGUUUGACGAAUAUGACCAAAAAGUUAAAAAAUUGGCUGUAAUGGAAGGCACACUAGAAGCAAAAAAGCAAAAUUUAUUGACGUGCAAAGAAAAGCUUGAAAAGAAUGCUAAAUGUCUACGCAAGGGAAUCCAAAAGCAACAGACGUUAAUAAAAGAAGUGGUUGAUUGUUGAGCUGCAGAAAUUUUAUUUGUUUAUCAUCAAUUCUAUCGCAUACAAAAAUCAGCAGUUUUAUAUAUCGAUAACCGAUUCCUAUUGCUAUUGUUGACAAACACAUACACAACAUUUGUAAUCGGGUAUGUUGGUAGGCUGCGCUCAGAGAGUAUCGAUACUUGUUACCUGCAGCCGUUUUUUUAUGUGGGGAGAAAUAAAAUAAUUGUUUUUAAAUUAUUUGCAUUAAAAUGAAAGCGUUAAAUUAAUUAAAGAGUGAGUUUUGUUAAUUGAAAAUACCAUCUUAAUAAAAUGCACACAACAUAAAGAACCCAAAAUUUAUUUUGGGCCUGUGAAUAAGCCAGAGAACAGGUUUAGGCCAGAAAAAAACUUGGCUGGCUUACCAUUUACGCCACAGCGUUAAUGGCAAUACAACAGCGAGCGGAGGUCGAUUGUUUUGCGUAUGUGUGUUUGUGUUUAUGUGUGUGUGUGUUCGUGUGCUUUUGUAGUUGUUUUAAUAUUUUGCCUGUGAGUUAGCUAAAUCCAAUUACCAAAUCGAAAAGUGCAACAAUUGUUAUGUGCAGAAAAAUAACCCCUCUCACACUGGCUAAUUGAAUUUUACGUAUUUUAUUUUGGCUACUUAACAACAACAGCAACGAGUAGAAUUUUGGUUCACUUCAAGAAUACACACAACCACAUACACAAGCAAACAAAUACACACAGUAAAGGAUUAUUAUUCAAUUUAACGGCUGUCAAUAGUGUAAAAGAAUGCAAUACAUUUAAUGACCAAAUAUAACUGUGUGCA